UCUAUCAGAAGAAGGGUGCGCCGCCACCGCCGUCGUCGUUUGUUCGUUCCUCCGUCGUUCCGUGUCGUACCGUGUGCCGUGGGGUGUCCUCGGUCUGGGGUUUGAGCUGUGUGUGAACAAGUGCGUCCGAUUGUGGAAAUUGUUCCGUGGUGCUGGUGGUUUCAGUGUUCCAAGAAGGUGGGUUUCCUUCCGGGAUUGGCCAGGGUGUGCGGGUCAAGUCAAGUAACCACUCUGAUUGUGCGUGUGGCCGGAUUCCAAGGGAUCCGCAGCUGAAAGAGGUGUGACAAAAAGUUAUUUUUCCCUCACCUGCUGGCUGCUGUUCUGAGAAGAAGCAAAUUGAAGAUUGUGUCGUGUGGCGAAUGAGGUGUGUGUUCCUGGUGGUCACCCGGUCGAAUAAUCGGCAUUUUAUUAGCUGAGUGAUUUCGCGUGCAGCAAAUUGGCCGCCUGGAGAUCAGAAAAGAUUGCCGUGUGCGAGCAGGUUGGGCUGUUUCAAGUGUGAUCAUUCUUUCCCUGGCGCCAGCGACCGAAGAGGCCAACCGAAGAGAAUUGUGCAAUACCUAAUUGUUGUCGUUCUGAUCAGAAUUCCAGCCAGAAUUCCGGAGAAAGCAGUGCCGAAAUUCCCUGCGGAGAUCAAUCUCCCUAUCAGUGUUUCAGUGUGCGCGUGUGUGUGAGUGGCCUCCGUCGCUCAGAAAGAUGCUGUGGUUGCUGUGAUCGAAUCCCUUGAAAAGUAUAGUAAUCUUCUUCCGUUUUCCCGAGGAGGCGGUUUAUCUACUGUAUUGUUCCCGUGCUUGUGUCGCCCGCGUGUGAAGAAAGUGCUCUUCUGCUGUAUCUAUUUGUAAACGACGAGAAGAAGAGGAAUAUGGCGCCCGGUGUCUGCGUGCGAAAGUGUCAAAUGUUGCUCUUGAAGCAGCUGGAUCUGCCGCUGUCCCGGGGAGGAUUAAGCCCCAGAGCAUUUGCGGCAGGUUUCCAUCAGUUGGCGGUGCAUCAUCAGCAAUCGCAGCUACCGCAGCUGUUGAAGUAUGGUGGCGCCCUGCAAAAGCGGAGCGGAGGACUCGGAAUCGUAGUAGCCAAGGAUCCCUGGCAGCAUCGAAUAGCAACGACGACGAGAGGAUAUUGUUCCAGUAGCAGCAGCAGUUCGACUCACCCGCAGAAUGUCAGCAGCAGCAGUAGUAGUCCUAGUACUAGUAGCAGCAGCAGCAGCAGUAGUAGCAGUAGUUUCAAUGAAGAAGUCACCGUCAAGUACGUGAGGGGCCUGCCGCACAUCACCGUUCCACUGCCAAGCCGUAACGAGCGCUGCCAGUUCACGUUACGGCCCGUCACGCACAGCGUCGGCGACUUCCUGGAGAUGCUCAAGGUCGAGGACCGCGGCGUGGACCGGGCGGCCGUGCUGAACCGGGACGGCGUCCGGAUAGCGUCCGCCUGCUCGAUCGAAACCCUGAUGGACGACGAGUUUUGGUUGCACCUCAACGACAGACAAUACUACGUGAGACCACCGAAACGGGAUAGAAUUACCUCAGAAGAACUGACCCGGCUGGGCGACGUGCAAGCACUGGUGGCGCAGCUCUACGAAGCACUCAACGUUAGCGAACACCAAAUUAGGAAAGAACGAGAACUGAACAGCAAACUGGAGGAACUGAACGAGAAGCUGGGACCCCUGGAAGUGAAAAAGACCGAACUGGACCAGAAGGCGGCCCGACGUACCAGCAUGCUGACCUGGGUCGGGCUGGGGCUGAUGUCGGUGCAGUUCGGGGUGCUGGCGCGGUUAACCUGGUGGGAGUACUCCUGGGACAUCAUGGAACCGGUGACGUAUUUCGUGACCUACGGAACGGCGAUGGCCGCGUACGCUUACUUCGUUCUGACCAAGCAGGAAUACAUCCUUCCGGAUGUCAAGGACCGACAACAUCUGAUCACGCUACACAAGUCGGCCAAGAAGGCCGGCGUCAACCUGGCCGAAUACAACGACAUCAAGCGGAAGAUCGCAGAAAUCGAGCACGACCUGCGCCGCCUGCGGGAUCCGCUCUACAUGCACCUGCCGGCGCCACCGCCAAAAUCGCCCAACUUCAGCGCUACGGAGAUUGCCACCUCGAAGAAGUUGCUCCAGGAGGCGCUGGAAACGGCCAGCACUAACCGGACCGUAUCGAAGCAGACCGCUUCCAAGAUCAGCUCCCUGCUCGAGGGCACCGGGAGCCCCUUCCGGAGCAAAAAAUAAGAUUUCCUGAAUCCCCUCCUGUUGACUACUUGGUGGUGGUGGUGGUUGUCGACCGUCGUCAAGUCGUCGUUCGCUUUUUCCGCUAGUAGUUCCCUUGUUAGAAGUUCCCUCUUUCCUCUCUAGUUAGUUCUUCUUUAUCGGCGGAUAGGAGCAACAGUAGCAGCAGCAGCACAACGACAGAAAUGGUUUUCACCACAGCCAUACUUCCCCCGUGUUUGUUACCGAAAUUUUAGGAGGAUGAGCAGAAGAGAACAAACUAAAAAAAAAAACGUCUAGAAAUACAGUGCAAAGUUCGAUUUUCCUACUCCCUUCUCUUUGAACCUAUAUUUCUAACGAUAAACAAGAAACAAGAAGAAGAAAAACGUAACGUAACUCUCAAGUCACAACCCACACACACACACACACACACACACAGCGACACAAUCAUGAAGAAAGAAGAAACCAACAGUUUUAUUAUAGCGCAAACAAUAUUUCCCCAAUCAAUCUUGUAAAGAACAGAAAGAAGAGAAACGAACGAAAAGUAUAAAGACUAGAGACGUAGAGUAAAACAAAUACCAUUAAGAACAAAUAGAACGCGCAUCACAAGCAGAUUGUUAUAGAUUAUGUAGCUAGUUAUUUGGAAUCAAGUUAGCAGAAUCAAGCGGUUGCGUUUUAGGACGGUUAUGCGAAGAAAAAGAAAAGAAAUUAGCGCACAAAAUGGAAUUUUCCGGUUUAUUUGACGGAUGUGGUAACGGGGAAGAAAUGGGUCGAAGGUUCUUGAAAUCAGUGGGAAUUUGUCCGAAGGCAGUUUUUUAUGUUAGAACAAUGAUAAUACAAGUCGGGCCCUUGUUAUUUCUUCCCUGGAAGAAUUCGUUGCAUAAUUCAUGGAGGAAUUCUGGAGUAAAAACUCGGUGGAAUUCUUGGAGGAAUUCCUCAUCGAAAAUCCUGGACGAAAUUUUGGACCCAUUUCUAGAUAAAUUUGACUUAAAGAGUGAGGUAGAUUUCCUGGUGGAACUCUUGGAGGAACUACUUGUAUAAUUAUUGGAGAAAUUUCUUAUGUAAUUCCUGGUGGAAUUUCUGGAACAAUCCCUGGCAAUUCUUUAACUUAGUUAUCUUUCAGCAGAUCCAUACAUAUUAACUAAAGAGCCUUCAUCCCAGUUGGGAAGUUACGCCAAGAAUAAAAAGAUUUUUUUUUAAAUUCCUCCAGUAAUUUCUACGAGAAAUUUCUCAGAAGUUCCUCCGAAAAUGCCUAUACGUGUUUUUUUCUGAGAUAACCCCAGACUAAAACAUCAUACCUGUUGUUUCUGGACCGAUUUUAUUUAUUUUUUUAAUGAUUCUAAUUUCUAGUUUCUAUGCCUUGAACAAAACAUGUCAUUGGUCACUAGGUUCUGGAAUAGGACGCAAUCAGUGAAGUACUAUAGCACUAUAGAUUGAAAGUAGUGAGCUAGAUUUUUGUAUGGUGAUAUGAUCAAUUCUCCAUUUCUGCAAUAAAAUAGUGCAAACAGUGUGGGUAUUAUGAUUUCUUGACUAAUUUGAUGCUGUUUAAGCAAAAGUGUGGUUAACUGUAUUCUUGAAGUGGCAAGAAAUAAAUAAUACAACAACACAGUUACUUGAAGACGAGGAACUUCUUGAUUGAUUCCAAAACAAGUUUUUGAAGGCAUCCCAGAAUUUCAAACGAAAUUCUUGAAAAUACCCAAAAAUAUACUCAGUGAACAAUAGCAUAACACAACCUUGGGAAAUCCCAGAAAGAACUUUUUGGAAAGUGUCAGUUGGCCAUCCUUUAAGAAACCAAGAAUUAAUAUUUGGGGAAAUCCCAGAAGCAAUUCUUGAAAAACAUCUUACACAGAACUACUCUAUUAUUCUCGGAGAAUUCUCAGGAGGAAUGCCUGUAAAUCUUACUGAGAUUUUGUUACACAUUCCAUCCAGAAUCCUUCUGAAACUACUUCUGUGAUUCCUCCAGUAGAUCCUUCUGGAUUCCUGGAAUAUUUUUUCUGGGGUUUCUUCCGAACUUUCUUCUAGUAUUCUACAGGGAUAUCUUUCUGUUUUUUUAAAGAAAUUCCUUAUGAAAUUUCUCCAGAAAAUUUAUUAGGAUUCCUUCAGAAAUUCUCUAUAAGAUCGAUUCUCUAGAAAGAAUUCCAGAAGAAAUCCUGGAAGAAAAAAAAAAUCUUGCAGGAUCUCACUUGUACAAGAAUGAUUCCGGAGGAAAUGUUUCCUGAAAUUCCUGAAAAUUUUCAGAACGAACUCCAGGAGGAAUAGCAAAAGAUAUUUAUGUUUUUUUUUUAUUUCUAAUUUCUAACUUCAAUAGUGACAUAAUAAAUUUUCAUCUAAAUUAAUACAUUACCAGUCCACAAAGAAUCUCAGAAAGACCUUUUUCAGAAUUUCAGAAAUUGGAGAAAUUCAAGAAUUUCUGAAAAAUCCUAGAAGAACUAGUGGAAGAAUUCCAGAAAAAAAUAUCUAGAGUAUCCCAGAAUGAACUAGUGGAAUAUUUCCAGAACGCUCUCCUGUAAAAGUGAAUUCAUGAAUGUGACCAAUGCAAUAACAAAUUUUAAAAAUAUCCUUCAAUACUUUGUUUCGUUAAUGCAUAAAAUUUUAACUGUCGCUAGACAGCAUUUGAGAUAGUUAAAAACUGAUCAUUCUUCCGGGGGACCAGGGGGCUGGAUUCCGAACUUUUUUUUUGUAAAUUCGUGAAUUUCUAAGACAAAUUUUAAAACUCAUCAAAAAUCUGUUCCGGAGGAAGCAAGCACCAUGAAGGUUCCUGUAUGUGGUCAAUGUGGCAAAAAGUUCAGAAAUUCCUUCAGGAACUCCUUGGAAUUCCGCCAGAACUACUCUUCGCUUUGCUUAAGGGAUUACUUCUGGCAAUGUUUCUGGGACUCCUCUAGGUAAUAUCGAUCAAUUCCGCUUGGUUUUCUUUUUGAAUUCAAUGGUAAGUGUUGGUUUGGAUUUCAAAGUUUCUAAGCCCUAGGUUUCUUCUGCGGUUUCCACAGGAGGUUCUUCUGUGAUCAAAUCAAAUGUUCCUUUUUAAAUUGCUUCAGCACUUCCUACGGAGAUUCUUUCAGAAGUUCUCCAAGUGCUGGAAUUCUUUAAGGAAUUUAUUCUAGAUUUUACUAAAGAGAAUUAGUUCAGGAACUCUUGAGGGUUUUUUGAAGGGUUCCAUUGGAAUUAUUCUGAAAUUCUUACAGAAGACUUUCUACCAUAAGUUCUUCAAAUAGUUAAAAAAAAAUGUUAGAAUUGUACUGAGAAAUCCUUCAGGGAUUUUUCAGAGAUCUGCUUGAGUUCCUUCUGAGAAUCUCCAGAUGCUUCUUGUGGUAAUUCUUCAGUACCGUAAUCUGGGGGGCAAUUGAAGUUGAUCACUAUGGGGUUCCCGUUCUUUAAUAGCUGACGACGUUGCAAUUCUGUUUCAAUGGAAAAACUUUCAACGUAAAUCAAUUGUGUGAAUAUAUUUGAUUAUUUUAUUUUUAACUUACAUUGUGCAUUAGUGGUAAGAAUUUUAAAAACUUAUUCAGAUUCAGCAUCAUCAAAUUAAGUUUGUUCAAUAAUUUUCAUUUUUUAGAAUGCUAUAUCAUUGGUUGAUCAACUGGACGCCGGAUUAAAAGUUCUCAAAUUUGGCCAUUUUAACAUUUUUCACAAAAUGUAGCAGUUUCUGUAAAAAUUUUGUUUACGGAACCACCUGACUCGAGAAAUGGGAUUAUUAGAACUCCAGACAGAAUUUCGUGUGGAUUCAAUGCAGAGAAAGUGGUAGAAUAUUUUCAAAAGUUUCAUGCAUAAUUAGCUACAUUUUAAAAUUGUUUUUUUUUUUAAAUCAACUAGGGUAUCGCGCCACUUGGGCGGUGGCUUCUAUAUUCGUCUGUUUUCCACUAUAACUCAUUCAAUUUUGAACCAAUUGACUUGAAAUGUUGUACAGAGGAGGAUACUAUACCUAUCUCACCACAUUCCAAAAGUUGUGUCAAUUGGUUCAAAUUAGACUGAGUUGUAGUGGAAAACAGACGAAUAUAGAAGCCACCGCCCAAGUGGCGCGAUUCCCUAUACAAUGAAAAAAAAAACUGGGGGAUAUUUUGGGGACAAUUCCUGCCAAAACCCAAAAAGACGUUUUUAAGUAUUUCGGUAAGGUUUUUUUAGUAAUAUUCAGAAGUUGCUACAGCAAUAUUUAUCGACGAAUAUUCGGAUAGAAAUUUUUGACCCUUUUUUUAAAACAGCUCGUAUUCAAAGGAGAAGCUUUUUUUUUUAAUUUACAAAGGAAUUCCUACUGAAAUUUUUUUUUAACCCUCUAAUACCCAAAGUUUAAUUUUGAUCUAAAUAUCAUUUUUCGUCUUCUAAAAUCGAUUUAAAUAUGUUUUGGAAGAUGAUUCUUUUUAAUUCUCAAUUUUGUGAAUUUGGGUGAGUAGUGUGCGGUAGUUCGACAGCAGCAAAGCUUCGCGCGCAGGUUUUGCUAGAUUUUUGCGAUUUUUUUUUCUCUUCUCUCGGCGGGGCUCCGACGGCGGGACGAAGCGUACGGUGGACGCGUCGUGGCUCGAGUCGAUUCCGAAUUUUUCGCUUCCCGUCGGCGCUAGUUCCCAAAACACUUUUAGUUGAUAAUAUAUAUAAAUUUUUUUUUACAUUAACACAAAAGAGUGAAAAAUGUUAGUUCGGGCUCGCCGGUCGUGGAAAAAAUCCGGGCGCCGACAAGUGAGUCGCGUUCAGUGUAUUUCUGUGUGGAAUAGACUAAAGGUUUCUGCUCCCUAGUGGAGUGGAGACGCGCGAUAGAAUUUUCUUUUUGGCUAGUUUUUGCGUCGAAAAGUGAUCGGUUGUUAACGGCGGUUUGUGUAUAUUGAUCCAUUGUCAAAUCAUAUCACCAACCAUAGGUGACUCCCGGACUGACAAUGUACCUUACCCUACUAACAAAAAAUUCCUUCCUGAGACAGACGUGGAGAUGCAGCGAUUCGCGGUCUUUUUAACAACGUUUGUCUUACUAACAUUCCCUUCCAUCCUCGAUGACCGUAAGGACGUGGCCGGCGCCGUUAUUGACCGUAUUAAAGUUGAGAGCUCUCGAACUGUGUACAUUGAGAAUAGUAAGCUAGUCCCAAGCCCUAUUCAUUGGUUCCUUGUGCAAUUUCGAUUGCUCUGGUGAAUCACGGAGUAGCAACUACGAAUUGUGCGGUUAUCUAUGCUCAUGCUCAUGCUCAAUUUUGUGAAUUUGGGUUUUUGAUUUUUCUAAUUUUUAUUUUUGAACAUCCUUUCAUAUUUUUUUCUGGAAGCCUAUCUGGUAUACCAAUUUUUUAAGCUGAAAACAUUUUUAUUUUCCGUGUAAUUUUUAGGAAAAUCAUUUUAGUGUGUAUUCAACUCAUUUAAACUAUUUUAAUACAAAAGUAUGAAUGAGGAAUAAUUCAAAAUACGCGUAAUUAUUGCGAUUAAAUACAAAAGAAACAAUGACAUCUGAAAGGUGACCAAAACAUCAAUUUUCCAAUGAUUUUUAAAAAUCCGUAAUAUUAAAGCAUUGGCACCAACAACUAUUUUGAGAACAGUCCAAAAUAUCAGCAAAAUAUAUUAAAGUUUUGAUUUUCCAGGUAAGAAAAAAUACAAAAAUGCCUAAACUUUACCCCGUCUAAAGGCCGGGUUGGUUAAUAGAGGGUUAAUUCCUACAAAACUUUCUAAAACUGCAAACGUUUUUCAAAACCACAUUCAGACAUUGUACCAAAGCUUAGAAAAAUUUUUAUUUUUUUUAGAUUUUGCUUCUAGCCCUGCAAAAUUCAUUCUCUCCAAGAGGUCUUUGAAACAUUUCCGAGAUUUUUUUUUUCUGAAAUCUAAACUACUCCCAGAAACUAUUGCUGGAAUUUCUCUAGAGAUGUUUUUAAAAAAGAAUGUCUAGAAAUGUCAUGAAAGUUUUUCAAAAACUUUUCCAAAGAAUUAUUUCAAAAGUAUUCAAAGGAUCAUUUUGAUAUUUUCAUAGAAACUCUUCAAGAAAGUUUCCAAGAAUUUCUUCAAGAUUUUGGCAAAGGAAUGUUCGGGAAAAAAUCUUUGAAAGAAUUUCCUCAAAAAAUUUUAUAUGGAAUUUUGCGAAGGUUUGCAGAAAUUAUUUGAGAAUCCUACUAUACCUUGAGGUUUUCCUUCUAAAUUUUCGGUAAAAUUCUUUCUGAAGAAAAUAAUAAAGAAAAUCUUUGGCCAACACUAUGAUGUGUUCUAUUUGAAUUUCUCAAAAUUAUGGCGUAACAUAUAAAAAAAAUCAGAGAUGUAUGUUUUUUUAAUUUUUGAGAUAUGUUUUUUUGAAUUUAAAAAAUUUCAAAUUUUCCCAUACAAGACACUUUUUUAAAUUUUAUUAUAUUUUGAUUCCUUAUAAUAUUAUGGAUACCAAAACCACCAGGAAUCACUUUAAAAAGCAAUACUAUGCAUAGUUUUAUGAGAAUUUGCAAUUUCAAGCAAUUUUAGAGUAGCUAGUACUAAAAUAUAUGACUCUCUAUAUUCUGGAGAUUGGAGAUAUUCUUCCAGAAAUUGCACAACAACUACUGAAGAACUCUGUAAGAAAAGCCUGAUGGAAUUUCUAUACAAAUCUCUAGAGGAUUGUCUCAAGAAAUCCCUUAAAAACUCCUAGAGAUACGCUUGGAAAUUCCUAAAAAACAUUCUUAAAACAUUUCUGGAGCAAGCUCUGGACAAAACUUCCUGAAGCAAUUCCUGGAUAAAUACCUGGGAAAGUAGCUGAAGAAACUCCUUAGAGGAUACUUCCGUAAUUCCAAGAAAAAAUAGACUCUCAUGAUUUUUGGGCAACCCUUUAAAAAAUACCAAGGAAAAACAGCUUGAGAAAUUUCUGAAGAAAUCUUUUAAAAAAUGUCUGCAGAAAUCGCACAUAAAGGUACUGGAGGAUUUUUUGAAGAAAUCCCUGAAUAAAUUUCUAAGAGAUCCCUGGACGAUUUUCUAAAGAAGUCCUUGGAAAACCCUCUGAUAGAAUUCUUAGAAACAUUUUUAAACAAUUUCUGAACGAAUGUUGAGGCAAAACCUACCGAAACCUGGUAAAGUAUCUGAAUGAAAUCCUGAAGAAAUAAAAAAAAAAAAUUGAGGAAUUAUUUAGAGAACCACAUACAGAUCGUAGGCAUACAUAAAAAAAUAACUUUGAAAAUUCCUGAAAAAAUGCUAAGGAAUCGAUUCUGGAGUAAUUUCAAAUAAAGUAAAAAUAAACUCUAAAAGAAUCCCUGAAGGAAGGCCUGAAUAAGUGCAAAGCAAUCCAUGGAGAAGUUAUUUAAAAAAAUACCCUUGGGGAUCUUUCAGAAGAAUCUCUUGAGAAUUUCAUACUGGAAUUUCUCAAUAAAUGGCCAAGAAAAUACCUGAACAAAUGGAGCAAUACCUAAAGGAACCUUUGUCAAAAUUCAAGCAAUUCUUUCUGAAAAAGAUUCUGGAAUAAUGUCUGUACUUCUAAAGGAGGCCCUUAGAAAAAUGUCUGAGAGAAAAAAAAGUUCUCCUGGAAUUGCAUCUUUUAAAUAAACGUUUCAAAACGAUCUUUUGGAGAAAUCCCAAAGAAAAAUAAUAUUUUUGGAGGAAUUUAUUUCAGAUAUGUUUGAGAGAAUAUAUGUAGGAUUACAAGCAUGCACUUGUGUAGUAAUCCCUGAAGGAAUUUCUUAAAGAAUUUCUUAAGGAAUUCCAGGAGGAAUUUCUGAAGAAAUUUCAGAGGAAACCCGUGGAUCAGUUUCGAGAUGAAUUUUUUGAGAAACUCUUUAAGAAGCCACAAGGAAAAUUCCAAGAGCAAUCCCUGAAAGAAUCUAUGGAGGAAUUUUUGGAGAAUUUUUCCUCCCACGAUUCCUUCAGAAAUUUUUACAGAUACUUCUGCAAGAAUGCAUCGACGAAUUCCUCCAAGAUAUUUUUCAUAGUUUCCUUCAGUGAUUCCAUCAUGGAUUGCUCCAGAUAAUUUUUCAAGAAUUCCUCUAUGCAUGGGUUCCACCAGUCAUUCCCCCGGGAAUUUCUCCUGGGGUAGCUUCAGACGUUUCUCCAGUGAUUGUUCUAGUGCUUUUUUCGAGGAUUCCUCCAGGAAUUUCUCCAGGGAUUCCCAAAGGAAUGUCAACAGAAUUUAUUUUAGAUAUUUCUGCUAGUAUUCUCUCAGAGAUUUCUUCAGAGAUUUCUCCAUUUAUUGCUUUAAGAAUUCCACUAGAGAAUGAUCCAAUAAUUCAAUCUGGAAAAUUCGAAUUUCCCGAGGAAUUACCCCAAGAAUUUCUUCAGUAAUUCCUCCAGGGAUUUCUCUAGGAAUUUAUCCAGGAAUUGCUCCUGGACAUCCUUCAUAAAAUAUGACAGCAAAUCCAAGAUUUUGUUCAGAACAUUUUCUGAGGAUUUUUUCAGAAAUUCUUCCAGGAAAUUCUACAAGAAUAUCCUGAGGAUUUUUUUAGGGAUUCUUCCUGGCAUUUCUCCAGGAAUUUCUCCUAAGAUUUCUUCAUUAAUUGCUUCCGGUAUUCAUCCAGGGAUUUCUACACGAGCUUAUUCAGGGAUUUUCCCAGGGAUUUCUCCAGGAAAUCCUUCGAAGAUUCCUCCAGGAAAUCCUCUAGGGAUUUCUUCUGAAAAUAUUUCAGGAAAUUCUCCAGGAAUACCUUCAGGAUUUGUUUUAGGAAAUUCCCCUGGAGAUUCCUCUAGAAAUUCAUCCAGUAGUUCUUUCAAAAAUUCCUCUAGAGAUUCCACCAUGCAUUAACUCAUGGAUUCCUCCAGCAAUUUCCACAGGAAUUCCUCCAGAAUUUUAUCAGAAAUUUCAGAAACUUCUCCAGGAAUUACCCCAAGAUUUUUUUCAGGAAUUUCUUCAAAUAUUUCUCCAGGAAUUGCUCCUGGACAUCCUUCAAAAAUUAUGUCAGCAAUUCCUCUAAGGAUUCCUCCAGGUAUUUCUCCAGAAAUUUCUCCUGAGAUUCCAUCAGGAAUAGCUGCAGGGAUUCCUCCAGAAAUUUCUAGAAGAAUUUUUCCAAGGAUUUCUCCAAGAAAUCCUUCGAAGAUUCCUCCAGGAAAUCCCCCAGAAGUUCUUCCAAGGAUUCUUCCAGAAAAUCCUCUAGGAAUACCUUCAGAAAUUCUUCUAUGAAAUUCUUCAGGAAUAUUUUCAGUAUUUUUUUCAGGGAUUUCUCCAGAUAUUCCUCCAGAAAUUUCUCUAGAGAUUCCUCCAGGGAUUUCUCCACAAAUUUCUUCAAGGAUUCCCCCAGGGAUUCUUUCAGGAAUUUCUUUGGGGAUUUCUCAAGGGAUUUUUUUUCAGAAAUAGAAAAAUAAUAAAAAUAGCAAUCUCCCAGAAUUCCUCGGGAGAUUUCUUUAAAAAAAAAUCCAGUAAUUCUUUCAAGAUUUCCUCUAGAGAUUCCUCAAGCAAUUCCCAUAGGAAUACCUCUAGGAAUUCCUCCAGGAUUUCAUCCAGGAAUUUCUCCAGGAACUUCUCCAGGAACCUCUCCAGGAAUUCCUCCAGGAAUUCCUCCAGGAAAUACCCCAGGAAUUUCUUUAGGAUUUCCUCCAGGAAUUGCUUCUGGACAUCCUUCAGAAAUUAUAUCAGCAAUUCCUUCAGCAAUUUCUCCAGGAAAUCCUCUAGGGAUUUCUUAGGAGAUUCUUCUAGGAAAUGCUCCAGGAAUACUUUCAGGAUUUUUUCAGGGAUUCCUCCAAACAUUCCUCGAGGGUUUUCUUCAGAUAUUCCUCCAGGGAUUCCCCCACGUAUAUCUCCAGGGAUAUUCCCAGAGAUUCCUCCAGGGAUUCCUCCAGAAAUUCCUCCAAGGGUUCUUCCAGAAAAUCCUCCUAGAAUUUCUCAAGGGAUUUUUUCAUUAAUUUCUUCAGCAAUUCCUCCCAGAGUUGCUCUGGAGAUUUCUUCAUUAAUUCUUCCAGGGAUUGCUCCAAGAAAUUGCUCCAAGAAUUCCGGCUGGGUCUUAUCCAAGUAUUUCUUCAGAAAUUAAGCCCGUACUUUGUUCAGAAGUUUCUCCAGGCAUUCCUCUAGGAUUCUCACUAGAGAUUUUCCCAGUAAUUGCUCCAAGGAUGCCUCCAGGAAUCCCUUCUGGGAUUUCUCCAAGAAUUCCCCCAAGGAAUCCUCCAGAAGUUUAUGUAGGAUUUCUUCUAGGAUUUUCUCAUGAGAUCUCUUCAGAAAUUUCUCUGGGUAUUCCUCCCAUAAUUUAUAUAGGAAUUUCAUCAGCAAUAUUCUAUAAAGUUCUUCCAAGGAUUCCUCCAGGAAUUUCGCCGGGAAUUCCUCCAGGGAUUCUACAGGGUUUCCUUCAGGCAUUCCUGUAGGAAUUGCAACAGCGAUUCAUCCAGGUUUUUCUUCAAGGAUUUAUCCAGGAAGUCUUCCAGGGAUUUCUCCGGGAAUUCCUAAAGUAAUUUCUUCAAAAAUUCCUCUCAAGUUCUCUUCAAAAAAUCAUUCAGGAGUUCCUUCAAAAAUUUCAGAAAUCCUUCAAACAUCUUUUUAGGAAUGUACCCAAGAACUUUUUCAGGAUUACAUGAUGUUUUUUUUUUAACUAUUUCUAGAAUGUGUGGAGGAAUUCCUCCAGUGAAUAAUAUUGGAAGAUAAUUAUAAAAAGAUGCAUAGAAGAACCAGGACAUUCUAGGUUAGUCUUCAAAAAAGUUUGUAAUUUUCAAAAGAUUUCAGCUAUAAUUUCUUAUGAAUAUUUUGUAGACUUUAACAAUAUAAAAAUCAGAGCAAAAUAAUGCAUGAGUGAAUGAAAAUCCUUAAUGUUCCAGAAAUUGGUCACCGCUACCAGCAUCACGUUGAUUUGUGUACAUCAGGCGAGCUUUUUUUUAACGUAUUGAACAGAAUACAACAACGUGAGAUCUGAAGGAUUAAAUAAUGCUUUAAGAAUAUAUUUGUUAUAUACUCUAUUUCAUUGUGCUGCGUUUAGUUAUAAAAGCUAGUAGGUACAAAUUUGCUAAGGGUGCUUUUCACCGCAAGCCGCCGUUCAGUGUACCACAAAUUUUUGAAACUUACAUGUUCUUACCCAUAAAGUGCCAACGGACAAAUUCUCAUUCUUUAAAUUGGCUUUUGCCCCACUCUACAUGUUAGAAAAGAUCACUCUAAGUUUGUAUUCAUUACCACAGUUUGUUGAAAGUAUUUGAGAGAAGUGCUUCCACACAUAGUGGUCCUGCGUGGGCUUGCAAACCGAAGUGAACCCAAGUGAAUAUUAUUCAUAAAACGUUUUUAAGUAGCUUUGUGUUGCAUCCCAGAAAUCCCUAAUCAAAGCCGAAGUUAUUAUACUUUUCUCGAAAAAUAAAUAAAACUCGAAAGUACUUAAGUUUACCACAGUGUAAGUGAAUCGAAGCCAGAUGGAAAUAAAAAGGAAUUGACGCGACAUUGUUAAGCGUUGAUGAGUUUUUUCUGAAGCGUUUGCUCGGUUGGUGUCUGCGGAAGAGUUUUCCAUACACGCGAUAAGCGUUUGGCGUUUGCUUAUAAUAUGAUUGCGAAGGGAACUCGACAAGUUUAUCGAUAAGGUUUCCAGUUCGCCGGAAAUUGGGUAAAUUUGUUUGAAGUUGGACCACACGGAUUGUUUGUUUCAAUUUAUAUAGUUUUAGAUAUGUAAGGAUUGGUUUUAUUUGGACAGAUUGAAUCUCAUUAAUUGUGGUAACAAUGUGGCUGGCAUCUGCUUUGUAAAAAUCGGAAAUGAGAUGACCUUAUUGUUGGAGGAUUAAAUUUUCAUUAAUGUCAUUAUUUGAAUAAAUUUGUUUGAACUAAAAAUUAUAUAAUUAGCUUGCCACCAAUAUCCCCACAGUUUUCUUUAUUAACAAUUGUCCAAUCUAAAGUUUUAAAUUUCGAAUUCAAUAACGGAUUGUUAUCUUUGUAAUUUCCCAGUUUAUACGUACAGUACUACACAUUUACCCAUCAAUAUUACGAAUAGGUAUUUCAACUUCAGCGAAUAACAAUCACCAUAGGUUUGACUCAAGGGAUUAUAUAUCUUUGUUUUCUGGGAAAAGUUUGUAGUUUUCUUUAUUGUUAAGUAAUUGUUUGCAAAAUUUGAUCGUGAAGUUUUAUAAUCCUUUGGCACGUACUAUCAAGUAAGUUUUAUUUGAUUCUGUUACUAACCGUAAGCCUUUUGCUGCAAAUAAAUGUAUGUUUGCUUUGUCUAUGUUUGAGCCAGACUCAUUUUUAUUAUCUUGUUAGUGUGCCUGGUUGAGCUCUUUAA